AUGACGAAGCUAUCGUACUGGUUGUGCCUGUUGCUCUGGCCGUCAGCAAGCCUCGGCUUCAAGCACGGCUCCCUGGGUGAGGACACCAAGGGUCCAGGCAAGGAGAAGCCAGACCCUUCGGGCAAGGCCAAGAAGACCGCCAACGCGACCAACGGCGGCCAUGGGCACCAGGCACACGGCGCAAACGGCGCGCUUGCCCUCGCGCGCCAGCAGGACGCAAAUGGCAGCCAAUAUCUGCCAGCUAACCGCAGCAACAUAACAGAGGGGGAAUUUCCGGUGGUGGAGGAGUUGACCGUCGCUUUGCCCCUGUUCCUGGUCAACGUGACGAAUGCCACUGGGUUGAUCGCGGCAAGAAACAACGCGCCGGAUCCGAAUAUCACCUACCGUGCUGGGAACUUCGAGAACGACAUGUCUUUCUUGGAAGACAAGAUGGCCGGCUUCUACGGCGUUUUGGAGAGUGCCAUGGGGGAGGAUUUCCACCGCUACUGUCCAUACAACAAUCCGCUAAACACGCAGAGAUGCUUGAUGAUCGCCAUGUGCCUCAUUCAGGCGCAGGUGCCCGAGGUUAUCGGAAUGCAGACAUACACCAUGCUGGUUGAACAGAUCGAGCGGUUCGAAGAUACUCUUUGGCCUGUACUUCGCGAGGUAUUGGAGAGUGAGGACAAGCAGAUUGAGUUGGGCGAGGACGAGCCUCUGCCAGAAAAGUACAAUUGUGACCGUAUCCAUCGUCCUGAGACAGAUCUCGUGCAGAUUUCAUCGGAUUCCCAGAUGCGUGCGGGCUCCGCUGCGAUGUCAGCUGCGCUGAUGUCAGCUGCAGAUGCCAGCCAUCAGCUUCUGGAUGCUCACAAGUUGAACAGUUCCAUGGAUGUGACCAUUCAGAAGCUCCAUCAAGUGUGGCGUCCUGUGUGUUCUGUGCUGGAUUGCGACCCAAGCAACUACUGGGACAUUUUCCUGCGCCACCACCACCACACGGCGAUGCUGCAGGAACACAGCCGAGAUCCAAGGGCAGUUCGCUCAGACAUCCGCACUCGGCUGAAGCUGCAGAACAAGGUGCAAAGGUUCAUCUCAAAGCACCACGCAGACGUCAGCUUUGUGCAGAGCUUUGCUCGAUUUGGGCAAGAGCAGAGUGGGUCGGUGGACAUCUUCCACACCUACAACGAGCGCAACAGGAAGGCCCUCUUGCAGUUUGCGAAGACCACCUUGCGAUCCUUGCCGGAAGACAGAGCCGUGCGGUUGGUGGAUCGGAUCGAGCUGUCGAAAGUGUUGCAGAAGAAUGCGACCAAGUUGAGCAUGGAAGAGGAGGAGGAGAUGCGCGACAUGGACGAGGACCAGACUGACACGGACGACGAGCAAGAUGAGGACGAGGUGGAGCAGACUGAGCAAGCAGCUCCCGAGCCGCACGCUCGUUCCACUGCCCUGCUCUACGAAGGCCAUCAGCUAGUCGAGAGCAUGGACGAAGGCGAAGGAUGGGGCCGGCGACGACGGAGAAGACGGCGUCGCAGCAGGCGAAGGCGCCGCAGGAGCAGAAGAAGAAGAAGGAGAUGGUGGAAGAAGGUUGUGGAAGCGGUGGUGGACGUCGUUGUAGCGGUCGUGGAGGUUGUGGUGGCACUUCUGGAGUGUUUUGGCUCCACAAGCCGCUUGGUCAACACGGGCUACACCAGGUCACUUUCCUCCAACACCGCCUUUGGGCUCGGCUUCAGCGCUGGCGUGAAGGAGCCCUUGGAAGCUCUUCUCUCUGGCCGCGACUUCUCGGGCUGGAUCUCCUUGAGCGCCAGCUUCUCUGCUGGCUCCACAACUAACUGGUGGUGGGCUGGAGCUGGGGCUUCCGCUUCCCUGGCCUGCGACUCUCUCCAUGGAUGCUCCCUUCACAUCGCCGCCUCUUUGCUGGCACUGGGCCUGGCAGAGACCGCCCAUAGCACUUUCUGCCCCUUCGGCAAGAAAGCCUUCGGCCUCGACUGCAGCCAUUGCGCCGGUUGGUCUGUCACACUCCUGUGCUGCGACUUUAACUUUGGCACGGGUGCUACCAAUUGUCGCUGA